AUGGAGUACCCUUCAGCGGUGACCCAGCAGUCAGCACCCGCUGGAGCCCUCUGUCCACCCUGGGCUGCCCUCUUCCUCCUCUACUCCCUGGUCAACCUCGCCGCUCACCUCUUGGAUGUGGCCAGCCACGGCCUGGUGAUCCAGGUGGCCGGCCCUUGUCUGCCCCCUUCCCGGGUGACCGCCUGGUUCAGGGACCAGGCCGUGGCCGAUGCCACAUUCACUGUUCUCCUGCCUCUGACCCUCACCUGGACCAGCUCUGCCUGGCCCCUGGGGAGUGCCUUCUGCCAUCUGGACCCCCACCUGGCCAUCCUGAGCUUCUAUGCCAGUGGCCACAUGCUGACCCACGCUGCAGCCAACGCCUUCACCGCGCUGCUCCAGCCAAACUGGGCGAUGACCCACCGCCGGACUCGGAGGGCCGUUUCCUGGGCCAGCGGAGUCUGGCUCCUUCUGCUGGUCCUGGGUGCGCUGUCCCUGCGGCUCUGGAGGGGCCGAGUGGAUACACCCGAGUCUUGUAACAGGAUACCUGUGGGGGAGCUGCCUGGCUGUGUCCCAGACUUGGCGUUCUCUGGCCUGGCCCUGAAUCAGCUGGUGUUUUGUUUUGGGGUGCUGCUGGGGGUGAUGAGUGCCAUUUGUGGGCUCGUGUGGGCCUGGCUGCAGCUAGCCAAGCUGACCGGAAGGCCCCCGCCGCUGGGGGCACUGUGGCCCCUGGGGGCCUUGCUGUUUCUCUGCUGGUUCCCCUUUCACCUGCUGCUUCUGCUGCAGCUGCUGGGAAUGUGGGAGGCCAGGCUGGGCACAGGGGAGGUCUGGGUGCCGCUCAGAUCCCUGGGGUUCACCCUGGCAGGGGCCAGCAGCUGCCUCAACCCUCUGUUCUACGCGUUCCGGGGCCAGGCCUUCAGGCAGCAGUUGUGCCAGGCCCUGGGGUCCUGCCAUGGUUGGGGAGGGGGAGAGGGAGGCAGGUGGGAGCAGGGUUGGGAGUAG